CGUCUCUCUCUCUCUCUCGAUCUCGCUCACUCUCUCCCUCUCCCUCCCUUUCUCUCCCCGGAGGUCAUCCAUCGUGGAGCAAUGGAGGUGCCCAAGGAUCAGAUGGCCAUGCUUCUUGACAAUGACCUCUUCGAAUCUGCUCAAAUUCUUGGCUGCUUUCUUGUUUCACAUGCACCAACAAAUAAUGAAUCAAAUCCAUACCUAAAGGCUGAAAACCUGGUGCUUCAAGGUGAUGCUUUAUUUGGGGAGAAAGAAUACCGUAGGGCAUUGAGUUUGUACAAACAAGCAUUGCAACAUUGCAAAAUUGUUCCUAAGCAAACUUUCGCAACUUCCAGAAGUUCCUUAUCCACAUCAAGCAGAUCUUCUUCACCAAAUUCUUUGAAUAUGUCAGCAAUUAAUGAAAAUGAGGUGAAAUUCAAGAUCACUCUUUGCCAUUGUGCAUUAAAUGAGAAUCGUGCUGCACUUGCUGAGAUGGAAGGAAUCCCAUCUAAAGUAAGAACACUGAGAAUGCAUCUAACAAUGGGGAAGCUUUAUCGCAUUUCUAGACAUAAUCGGGCGGCAGUUGUCUGCUACAAAGAAUGCUUAAGGCAAUGUCCAUAUGUGCUGGAGGCAAUUGCUGCUUUAGCUGAAUUAGGAGUUACUUCGAAGGAAAUUAUUUCAUUGUUUCCUCAGACACCCAAAGGAGCAAAACCUUUUUUUGAUCAUCCUGAUACUACCCGAUGGUUGCAUCGAUACGUGGAGGCUCAGUGUUGUAUUGCUUCAAAUGAUUACAGAGGUGGUCUGGAGCAUUUAUCUGAACUUCUACAGCGUUUUCCCAAUAAUGUGCACGUCCUUUUAGAAGUUGCUAAGGUUGAGUCCAUUAUUGGAAGAGCUGAUGAAGCACUCAUGAUCUUUGAGAAGGUUCGAGCAAUUGACCCUUAUAUCAUAACAUACAUGGAUGAGUAUGCUAUGCUUCUUAAAGCAAAAUCAGAUCAAGCCAAGUUGAACAAGUUGGUGCAUGAUUUGCUAAACAUUGAUCCUGCAAGGGCAGAGGUCUUUGUUGCUCUAUCUGUAAUGUGGGAAAGGAAAGAUGAGAGAAGAGCUUUGGCAUAUGCUGAGAAGAGCCUUAGAAUUGAUGAUAGGCACAUAGCAGGCCAUAUCAUGAAGGGUAAUCUCUACUUGUCCAUGAACCGACUUGAUGCAGCAGUGUCAGCCUUCAGAAGUGCUCAAGAGCUUCGUGCUGAUCUCCGUUCAUAUCAAGGCUUAGUUCGUUCAUAUCUGGCACUUUCUAAAUUAAAAGAGGCAUUGUAUGCUGCACGGGAGGCGAUGAAGAUUAUGCCUCAGUCUGCAAAAGCUCUGAAAUUAGUAGGGGAUGUGCAUGCAAGUAAUUCUAGUGGAAGGGAGAAGGCUCGGAAGUUCUAUGAAUCUGCCUUGCGUCUUGAACCUGGUUUUGUUGGUGCUGCCUUGGCAUUGGCUGAUCUACAUGUCGUUGAAGGACGAAAUAAAGAUGCGGUGUCUCUGCUUGAGAGGUAUCUGAAAGAUUGGGCUGAUGAUUCACUUCACACUAAGUUGGCCCAAGUGUUUGCCGCAACAAAUACACUUUUAGAGGCACUAUCACAUUAUCAAGCAGCACUAAGGAUAAACCCUCAAAAUGAAGCUGCUAAGAAAGGAUUAGAGCGAUUGGAGAAACAAAUGAAGGGAAUGGACCCAGAUGCACCAGAAGAGGAUGAAGACAAUGACGUUGAAGAUGCUGAAGGAGAUCAAGAAGAUGCUUGAGUUUUUCGAAUAUUGCAAAGCAUUUUGAUUUGCAGCAUAUGUGAAUGCAGCAGUGGAAGCUGUGUCUGUCCAGCCAUGCUGCUGGUUUUUCUCAUUACCAGUGUGACUAAUGAGGUAGUUACUCCAAGUGUAACUUAUGCUGAAAAUUGUAAUGUGAUUUUAACUCAUGACUGGGGAAUGUGUCUGUGCAUACAACAUAAAUUGACUUGUAAUUUUUUGUAAUUUAUAAUUUAGAUUUUGGGUAAUUUUCAGAGGUUAUGGCUGGGGAAAAUUUUCAACUACUUGAAUGGAAUAUAUAUAUUUAGGGGAAAUUAUUUAUUAAUCAUUACAA